GGUUCCAUACUUUGUCUGUGAUUUCCUUCAUGUUCACUCGUGUGAUGCGAGGAACUUGGAUUUCAUUGAAAUCUUACUCUUUAAUUGCAAUGAGGUAGCAUCAGUUACUUAUUUACUAAUCAAUAAUAUAUAAGUAAUAUGCCUUAAAGCUUUGUGUCAAAAUAAUUGAUCAGUUGUCGCGGUAAUGCUAAACAUGAACAAUGCAAUCGUUGCCAAUGAUGAAUAUGAAGUUAUUGGUGAAGCACAAUGGCAGGCCUUGGAGAACAAUGGUGAUGAGCAGAUGAUAAAGAUUUAUGGGCUAAAGUAUUCCAAAAUACGUGCCAUUCUAUUUCAUUCUGUUUGCAUAUUACUAUGUGGAAUACCUUACUUUAUUUUAGCCUCUUGUCCUUCGUACAACCGAUUAAGAUACACAAAAUGCAGUUUGAGAAUGGCUGAUGAAAUAUGCGUGAUUUGUUCUAGUGGCUCUUCAAUAGUAAAGGUAGAAGAAGUUGAUCUCAACCUGUCAAACCAAAGAGACAACAAACUGCGGUAUUUCAUCUACCAACACAGCCGCUUCAUCUGGCUUCAUGAUCAAGGUGUCUUCAUUAAUGUGCUGAUUCUCAAUGAAAAAAUUACCGUUGCUCUGUUGAUGGAAAAUUUGUCAGGCAUCAACAAGAGACAGCAGAAUGAAUUAAUCAAACUGUAUGGCGACAAUUCUGUAGAGGUUGAAGUGAAAAGUUAUUGGACCCUGUUUGUAAAUGAAGUCUUCAACCCAUUCUACCUGUUUCAAAUAUUUUCUAUUAUACUGUGGUCAUUGGAUGAGUAUUACCAGUAUGCUACGUGCGUCUUUAUUCUCUCGACAGUAUCAUGUAUGAUGGCGUUGUAUCAGACUAAGCAGAUGAGCAUAAACCUCCACCGAAUGGCGGGCAGCAUGAGCACGUUCACGGUGAGCGUGCUGCGGCCGACGCGCAGCGGCCGCGAGGAGUGCGUGGUGAGCGCGCGCCGGCUCGUGCCCGGCGACGUGCUGGCGCUGCCCGCCGACGGCUGCGUCAUGCCGUGCGACGCCGUGCUGCUCACCGGCACCUGCAUCGUCAACGAGAGCAUGCUGACAGGUGAGAGUGUUCCAGUAAUGAAAGGCCCGCCUUGUCCAUCGACUGAGAUAUACUCGACGGAAGGACACAAACGACAUACGCUUUUUGCUGGCACACAUGUUAUCCAAACCAGAUUUUAUGGCAACAAUCAGGUUCUCGCAAAAGUCGUUCGGACUGGAUUUUACACGGCCAAAGGAGAAUUGAUCAAGAGUAUAUUAUUCCCGAAGCCUUUUAACUUCCAAUUUUACAGAGAUGCCAUCAAAUUUGUUAUUUUCAUGUUCUGUAUCGCUGCAAUCGGUAUGGCUUAUUCUAUCUGGCUGUAUGUCUUGAGAGGGAGCAAAGCGGGCACCAUAGCACUCCGCACAUUAGACAUAAUAACCAUAGUAGUACCGCCCGCUUUACCGGCCGCCAUGACGGCUGGUAUAGUGUACAGUCAGCGGCGCCUACGCAAGAACAAGAUCUUCUGUGUCUCCCCACCACGCAUCAUUAUUUGUGGCAAACUGCAAGUCAUGUGUUUUGACAAGACCGGUACUCUCACAGAAGACGGACUGGAUUUUUACUCGGUCAUCCCGGCACAGUCUACCGAGAAGUUCGGCAAGUGUGUCGUGGAUGUAAAUGACUUACCCGCUAAGAGCCCCCUCAUACAAGCAUUGGCGUCCUGCCAUUCAUUGACGAGUAUUCAGGGACAACUGAAGGGCGACCCUUUGGACUUGAAGAUGUUUGAAUUCACUAAAUGGGUGCUAGAGGAGCCUGGUCCAGAAAACACCCGCUACGACAACCUGACCCCAGCGAUCGUGAAACCCGCCUCGAACCGUGACGAAAAUUUACAGAAUUUAGACGAUUACGACCCUUUUACUAUGGAAAUUCCUUAUGAGAUUGGUUUACUACGCCGCUUUCACUUCUCUUCAUCGCAGCAGUCGAUGGGAGUUAUUGCCAGAGUGCUCGGCCAACCACAAAUGGUUUAUUUUGUGAAGGGCGCUCCUGAAAAGGUGGCCGGCAUGUGCAAACAAGACAGUUUGCCAGAAGAUUUUAGCUCGGUCCUCAACGAAUACACUUCAAAUGGCUUCAGAGUGAUUGGUUUGGCUCACAAAAAGUUGGACCGCAAGAUGAAAUGGGUUGACGCCCAGAGAAUCAAAAGGGAGACACUGGAGUGUGACAUGAUAUUUUUAGGCUUUCUAGUCAUGCAAAAUAGCCUAAAACCGGAAACCACUCAAGUGAUCAAGGAGCUACAUGAAGCUAAUAUGAGACAAGUUAUGGUUACAGGGGACAACAUAAUGACGGCCAUGUCGGUGGCUCGCGGGUGUUUCAUGGUGCAGCCGCAUCAGAAACUGGUGCUCAUUACCGUCGACCACCAGCAGACCGAAACAGAUGCCAGACCACGACUUUGUAUGGAAGUUGUUGGAGAAGGCGGUCCUCCUAAACUACCAAUAGAUGCGUACGUUUUGGCGUUGGAAGGCAAAACGUGGGCAGUCAUCAGGAUACAUUACCCUGAACUAAUGCCAGCGAUAUUGAGUCGAGGGCUAGUGUUCGGUCGUUUCGGUCCUGACCAGAAAACCCAGCUGAUCACCGCGCUGCAAGGCGAGGGGCUGAUAGUGGGCAUGUGCGGCGACGGCGCCAACGACUGCGGCGCUCUCAAAGCGGCACACGUCGGCAUUUCUCUCUCCGAGGCGGAUGCAUCGGUGGCAGCGCCGUUCACUUCUCAAGAACAAAACAUCAGAUGCGUGAAGUUACUGGCACUAGAAGGUCGAUGUGCACUCAGCACGUCCUUCGCCAUUUUCAAAUACAUGGCUCUCUAUUCAUUGAUUCAGUUCAUUUCUAUCCUCAUUCUGUAUAAUUUCUACUCCAUCCUGGGCAACAACCAGUUCCUAUACAUCGACCUGGUGCUCACUACACUGUCGGCGCUGUCCCUGGGCCGCGCCGCGCCCGGGCCCAGCCUCACCACGGUGUCCCCGCCAGUGUCUCUGGUGGCGUUCUCCAGCAUCCUGCCUCUCAUCUCGCAGGUGUCUCUGACGCUGCUCGUGCAAUUAGCUGCGGUGUAUCUGCUGUACGAGCAGACGUGGUUCACUCCAGUAGAAGGCGGUCCGAAUGUGGAACAAGUGGUCUGCUGGGAGAACACAGUGCUAUUCAUCAUAUCUGCAUUCCAGUACUUAAUUAUGGCAUGCGUGUACGCCAAAGGAUGGCCAUUCAGGCAGCCGUUCUGUGCUAAUUAUGCAAUGGUGAUCACAUUGAUCACCCAGUCAGUGUUCGUGAUAUGCUGUCUUCUCUGCCCGUGGCAAUGGCUGGCAGAUCUCAUGGAGGUCAUAGUGAUGGACUACAGCAACCCUGAUCAGAUGCUGUUCAGAUUUUAUCUGCUGCUGUUGCCUGUGCUACAUCUCUUCCUGGCUAUAGCUAUUGAGGCUACACUAUCGGACACGGCGAAAAUAACCUCUCUAUUCCGUCUCCUGCGCCGCCGCUGUGCGACCGAAAAAGAAGAAGUCUCAGGGGACGCUGCCUGUCCCCUUUGGCCCCCACGCUCUCCCCACCACAUCUGCUGACGAUCAUACGACGUACGUCGUGAGUUAAUGCCUGUCCCUUGCAUGUUUUGAUCUCCAGCUUUUGAAAUCGAGAUUGUUAAACGCGCUGUCUAUUGCAUUUUAAAAUUGUCACUAUUUUAUAUGUUCAUUGAUUUCAUAUAAGCGUGCGGGGUUAUUCGCGAACGUUGAUUAAGGCAUUGCCUUAUUUUUCCUCUCUUAUCCUUUUCAACGGUAAUGCAUAGCCCUAGAAGUUGUAUGUAUAGACAAGUGCGGUAUACUGUCUUGCAUUUUGUUAAAAGUUGUCAUUUUGUUACGGGCAAAAUAUUAAUAAUUUUAAAGUAAUUAGUUUAAAAUUAUGUAUUUGUUUAGUUCAAUUCUCUAUAUACUUACGUUACGAUUAGUUUCACAACUUGACUGCCCCUUUAUAACUGUUUUGUAUAUUACAUCAUUGAUGAAUAGUGAAACAAGAAUUAAUUGGUAGCUAGAUAUCUGGAUGAAUUGAAUUUUAUGUAACAAACAUGAGCCUGGAAAAAAUGUCAUGUGUUAUUACAAAACGAUGACGAUUAUAAACAAGAUUUAAAAUUAUUUUAAGUGUGCUAUAGCCAAAAGGGUCACAACAAAGUAUUAUGUCUAAAUCUUGACAUUUAUUGUCAUCGUAUUGUAAUUAUUUUUAGAAAACAAACAUUUUAGAUUCUAUGACCGAAUGAAGUCCAAGAUUUCAAUAAUAAAUAUAGAAGGAAGUUGAGUAUUAUGCGGUUAUGAUCAAGGUAUGGCUGUGAUUUCAUAUGAAACACUAUUUGAAUGGCGUUUUUGAAACUACAUAUUUAAAGCAAUGUCAAUGUUUUCUCAAGAUCAGUUAAUUAUGAAAUGAGACGACGCGACACUGUGAAAUAUUUUUCUCUAUCCCUUGGGCGUUUUUUCAUACUUAUCCCAUGAAAAACAACUCUGACGCAUCACGUCUUAUCACAAGCGUUCAGAGUUCUUCAACUUUAGAAUAUAUUUCUUAACAUGUUUUCUAAAAGUAGACACAUCAAAAAAUAUGUAAUUUUGCAUUGUUGUUAUGUUACCAUUAAACUGUGAAUGUUUUUAUUGACAAAACUAGUUUUCUCGAAUAAAAAUAUCAAUACUAUAUCUAAAACAUGUCCAGUCAGCUUCUAACUGUGUGAUAAGUAAAAUAUCACGUUAUAGAUAUAAUGAAUAGUGAAUUAUCUUCCCAGCGGGUUACCUUUUAUUUAGAUAAAGUUCUAUAUUUAUUUUAACGAUUAUUGUAUUAGAUAUUAUUGGAAAAUGCUUACUCCCCCUAAAUUAUACAUUAGUACUUAGGUAUUGAUAAGUGAAUUAUACUUUGUAAAUAAAUGAAUCGUCUGGAUUUUGUGUGGUAUAGAAAAGAAUACAUAGUGAAAUAUGAUUUGCAUUUUCUAACUUAUUCAGUACUUAAGUUAGGCAGUGAUGGAUCAUUGUGCUUGUGAUUAUACUUAAUGCUUUUAAUUUUAUUGAAUAGUUGUGUUAAUAUUGAUUUUCUUUUUCGCCAAAACCUAUGCUUCUAUGUUUGUUACUAUCCAACGCAAAUCGCGUAUUUUAACAUAAUUAGGUAAAUUGUGCUGAAAGUUUAGUAAAAACAUUUGAUGAGUUAAAAAAAGACAAUUGUCUUGAUUUAGGACUUUUGAAUGUGAUUGUCACUAUUGUUGUAUUGGUGUUAAAAUUUUCGUUAAAAUCGUCGCCUAGAUAUGCGUUACUUAAUUUUGUAAAACUGGCAAAAUAUUUUUUAUCGUAAAAUCAAUAUACCUGCUACGUACUUAGUGUUGUAAUUGCCAAAGUAAAUUUGUUCCUGGACUUAUAUGAUUAAAUUUGUAUACAUAUAUUUAAUCACGCAUCAUUCAUUUUUGGGUGAACUAAUCUUAAUUAGAAAAUAAUAGUCAAUAUUUAUUCGCAAAUGUAAUAUGCAUAUUAAAAUUACUUAUAGUUAAUUUCAUGUGCGUUACCAUUGUGAAUUUCGACUCAUAAUGACAUUUCUUUGAAUGUUUAUAUUUUAAAUGUGAUUUUGAAUAAACAAGAGAUAAUCCAAAUUUAAUGAGUCUCUCUAUUUCUAUUGAAAUUUUUUUAUUGCACAAUUAAAUAAGACAAAUUAACGAAAUUGACCCCACUUGACGAAAUUGAGUGAUUAUGACAUAUGUGGAGGUUUGUGAAAAAUUCGCACACCCAAUUUCGUAUUUUUUUUAUCUUAUUGUGCAAUUAAAUGUUGUCCGUUCAUUAAAUUUGUAUAUUUUGUUGUUUAUUCAAAAUAAUAUUUUUAACAAACAACAUUCAAAGAAAGUCAUUAUGAUAAUAUGAAAUAUGUUCUUGCCCCUUGCGGGAAUUUCAGUAUCGCACACGAAGUUGACAUCGCGUUAGCUUUAGGACCAUGCGUCCCGAAUGUACUACAAUAUGCAUACGUCGUACUUACAAUAAUUCUAGAUUUAGUGAUGUUUCGCCGCUUCGCAAUGCAUCGUAGUACUUAGUAUUCAUAGGUUCCUUAGACAAUGCAAUAUGGUUCAUGCCUUUAUACCAUUCCUUUUUUAUCUUAGUUCUUGUUUGGUGCUUCUUUUUAUUAUUAGUACUAUGUUAAGUUGGGCAUUAUCAUCCAAUCAGCGCUGAUGGAAGUUAAAUAUAAAGUCUAAAUUAAUAUGCAUCCAAUGCAAUUUGAUUAGGUAUAUAUGUCAUUAGUAAAUAAGAGAUACAACAGCGCUGAUCCAUAAUAAGGUAUUGUAAAUUAAUUUCAAUCCUUUUAGGAUACUGUCAAUAUUUUGAGCUAUGUAUUCCCUUUUUGAACUUGUUAUUUAUUGAACUGCAUUAUUGUGUUUCUUUUUAGCAUUUAAUAUAAUUGUCUAUAUUUAUAUUUCUCCAAUAUUUGGAACUUGUUGACUGUUUUGUGUCCAAUUUCACGAUAAUGUAGUUCGAUAUAAAAUUUUACUAAUAAUACGACAUUUUAGAUGGAUGUGACCAUAAAAUAAAUGUUUCAAUAAU